UUUUGGAUAUAAAAGCAAUGCAAGAAAUGAGCUAGUUACUGCAACUCAGUUUCAAGAAACGUAAGAGGUGGUGGUGGAGAUGGAAGCAAUGGCGGUCAAGACACGGGAGGCGGUGGAGGAAGUCGGUUUGCAAUGGCUGCAGCGGCGGCCUCGGCAUCAGAACGACACUAUUACUGCUGCCAAUGGUAAUGGUAGCAGUACUGUCGAGGAUGGAGAAGAAGAGAUCAAUGGAAGUGUACUACUGGAGAAGAUGGAAGAGAUUGGAGGUACUGAACCUACUGAAAUAAGAUCUUCUGAAACUUAUUAUACUACAGUGGAUUCCUCUCUUUCUAAGGCUAAUGGGAGUACCAGAGAAGAAGAAUUGGAUGUAAAACUGAAAAAAAUAGACAUCCAAAAGAUCCUGAGAAGUGUCAUUACACAUCAAGAUGAGGAAACUGUGAAGCAUGAAACUUCAUGUGAAGAAGAAUACAUGCUUUUCAAACUGUUAAGUGAAGGAACAAAAGAACUUGUCAACAUUAACAGAUUCGAUCAUAAAGAAAGCAAUGAAGAAAUAGAAUUUGAAUUUGAGAGGGUUGUAGAGAAGUUAGAUCAGCACAGUGUGCACUGUCCUAAAUGUAAUUCUUGCAUUACCAAAGUUGUUCUUCGUAAAAAGGUAAGGACUAGUACUGUUCCUCCUAAGCCAUUUGGUCUGCUUAAAUGCUUCUCCUGCUUCAGCAUUUUCAUUCCCAAAGGGAUUUUUCGAAGACCAAAUGGGGUCGCAAACGAACAAAGUUUACACAAGACGUCAUCUGCACUAGAUGAAAAUCUUUCCUCUAUUUUCACUGAUGAUCGCAAGGGGAAAAUGGUGAAGAUUGAUCAGCAGCAAGGGAGGUUUUUUGAUAUAUUCCGGGCUUCUACGAGCAAACAAAAUCCUCAGCCAACAUCUGCCAUAACUGGAAAUUAUCCCACUUGCGUCACAUAUGAGACAGCGAGUGUGGUGAUUGGUCAAGAAGAAACUAAAGCACCACGCGGACAGAAUUAUUAUCCUCCAUCACCAUCACAAGAAUCUGUGUCACCUGGUAAAGCAGUGUCCAAAACUGAAGUUGUAAAUAAUGUGAUCAAUGGACCCGAGCGUGCUCCUUCAACCAACGGAGUUGUACCACCUGGAGGUCUUGGACAUCUUGCAAUCAACAUAAAAGACGGAUCAGAUGACAAACUUUCCAUAAAAUCAGAGGGUCAUCAAACUGGAGACAGAGAGAUUAUUGAUGAUGAAAAGUCAGAAGGGACCAUUGAGCGAGGAGCUUCUAUAAUAACUUUAGAUGAAGAAGGUUCUAAAACAUUGGAAAUCCUAAAGAGCGUUGUUUAUGGUGGGUUAAUGGAAUCAAUGACAAGCCUAAGUGUUGUGUCAUCUGCAGCUGCUGCAGAUGCCACCACAAUGAACAUUGUAGCUAUGGGAUUGGCAAAUCUGAUUGGUGGACUUUUCAUUAUUGGUCCUAAUCUUAGGGAACUAAAAAAUGAAGAGUCUGGACAAGUAGAUAGGUACAAAGAAUUACUGGGCCAGAGGAAGAAUUUCUUACUUCAUGCAACGGUUGCUGUGCUAGCGUUCCUCAUUUUUGGCUUAAUCCCUCCAGUAGCUUACGGCUUCUCAUUUCGCCAGAUUGAUGACAAGGACCUAAAGCUUGUGGUAGUCGCAGCAGCUUCUCUUCUGUGCAUUGCUAUACUUGCAAUUGGGAAGGCUUACAUCCAGAAGAAACCCAACUUUUACACAUAUAUCAAAACUGUACUGUACUAUAUUAGUAUGGCAGUUAUGGCCUCAGGCAUUUCUUAUGCUGCAGGUGAAUUAAUCAAGAGGCUCGUGGAGGAGCUUGCUUGGUUUGAUUCAAGUGUAGCUGUCACUCUGUCCCUUCCUCAGGUGCAAUCAGUAAAUCCAGUUUGGGGGUCCUACUGA